GGCGAUGCCGCCGAGGAGGGGACGUCGCGAUGGGCCCAGGGAGCACAAGCCCGGAGCAGACAGGCUCGUUGCCCGUCGAUCCAAAACGACCAAGUGCGCACCACCAGAACAGAAAGUUGGCAGGGAACCUGCACUCCCAGUCGUCGGCGCCGAUUACAAAUCGAUACUGCUGCAGAGAGUGAACAGGGAGCCAUUUCCAGAUUGGGGCCACCUGCCCGUCGACGUCCUGUACGGGGUGAAGGAAGCCCUGGACGGCGCCGCCGAAACGACGCACGAGAUGCGCGCGUGCCGCCUCGUGAACCGGCACUGGGCUCGCUGGGCCACCGAGGCCGCCACGCGGUUCAGCCCCUCCGUUGACUUCGCCCUCAUUGCGCUGACCAAAUUGACCGGACUGACCCACGUGUCGUUCGUCGACUGCGGCAUCGCGGACGCGGACCUGGAAGCCGUGGGGAAGCUGGCCCGGCUGGAGCGGCUGGAGCUGCAUGGAUGCAAGAGGAUCACGGACAGGGGGCUGGGGGUGUUGGUCCCCGGGGCCCGGGGCCUUAAGGCCCUGAGCUUGAGGGACUGCUGGCAGGUGAGCGACGCAGGGCUGUCCCAUGUGGCGCGGAUCGCCUCCCUGACGACGCUGGAUCUGCAUGGAUGCGGGCGCGUCACGGAUGUGGGCCUUGCUCACCUUACGGGCCUCAAGGAUCUGAGGGAAUUGAAGCUGGGUCACUGCCGGGAGGUCACGGACCAGGGGCUCGCAGCCGUGAGGCGGAUGACGUCUUUGAGGCGAUUGGACCUGGUGGGGUGCUUCAGGAUUACGUCAGCGGGACUGGAAGGCGCGGCGAAGGUGGGGCGGCUGAAGGUGCUGGGCGUGUGCCGGUGCGAGCGGGGCGGCUUGCCCGCCGCCCACAUCCACAGGCUGUCCGAGCUGAGGGCGACUGCGGGCGACGCCUUUGUGGGCAAGGUGGACACCAGGCUCAGUACUUGGUAG